AUGCAUGUGGUCGACAUGGACUCGGCAAUGACGCCUAACUGCCCGUGUCAUGAUGGCCCACUUGCGAAAACAAGCGCCGCCAUCAACAAAGUGACACCUCAUCAGCUCUGCGAUCGGUGCUCAACAGUCGUGCGAAAAUCUGCAGUUCUUCAAGAAUGCUUUCGCCGCCUGGAUGAAGGCGACCAACGCAGACAAGACUGGCGCCGAUGCGAGAUCUUUUACCACAGCUCAGGCGUGGAGGACCUAGCAAGGUCUAGUCAGGCUGGUUGUCAUAUCUGUACCAUUGUACAUGAAUCCCUGACAAAGUCAGCGGCGGCUCCAAUACGCGAGCAUGGCCCUGUGCUGGUGAAAGUGGGCAUCGAGCCAUUGCAGGACGAAAUCAUUGAUAAUGAUAGCUUGUCUAUGCGCUUCGGAAUUCUCACAGUUGAAAAGUGGAAAUACUAUCGAGUUCAGGCCGGGUGGAAGGAGGAAGAUGGGACAGCGCUCAUAUACACCGGAGGGCCUUUGGAGGCGGAUCACUUGUUUCGGUAUGGCUGCACUCGCCAACAUACUGUCAACCUUUCGAUUCUUCUGCUCAACGACACACAUUUUCUUCUUCCCAAUGAGGCAAGGGGAUUUCACUUACCUCGCGGGAUAUCAACAGACGCGCCCGCCACCUUUGAAUUUGCACGAUACUGGCUGCGGCAAUGUAUCGACAACCACGGUGAAUGCAAUUCACAAGGAGAGCAGAUUUCGAAAUCCGAUGAACUUCCGACCCGACUUAUAGACAUCGGGGAAGGUCCCGGAAAGCUCGAACCUCGCCUUUUCUACCCCUCAGCUUCCGCAUCUCCAACCGACGACUUGCAAUACCUGACAGUCAGCCACUCAUGGCACGCAACUGGAGUUACCGAGAAGCUCACGACGGAAAAUGAGAGCGAGUGGCUCCAAGGGAUACCGAUAGAGAAGCUAUCGCCGAAUUUCCGCGAUGCGAUGACGAUAACACGGCGACUCGGUUAUCGCUACAUCUGGAUCGACUCGUUGUGCAUCAUUCAAGACUCUCGGGAAGAUUGGGAGCGAGAAGUACCUACCAUGACCAAUGUGUACGGACGCACAACAUGCAACAUCGCGAUGGUUGGAAAGGCCGGGGACGAGGGCUGUUUCCGGCAAAGGAACCCUCUGGUGGCCUUCCCUUGCCGACUCUACGAGUCAGAUGGGAAACCAAAUCGACUCUAUGCCUUCAUCGAAGGGUCAAACCGGAAAUUCAGUCGAGGUCCGGAUGAAAUAGUGGGAUCGUUUCCCCUUCUCAAAAGAGGCUGGGCGGUUCAGGAGGCUCUGUUGUCACCCCGAACAAUCUUUUUCGGAGAUCGAGAGGUGUACUUCCAUUGCACAAAACAGACCAUGUCCGAAUCCUGGCCCGUCGCGCUUGACCCGCACAUCCGUCACUACAAUCCCAGAUUUUUGGGGUUCAGCAAAGUCAGAGGGUUUAGGGAAUUUGGGCAAAUCUUCGAACAAAGUUGGAAGGAAAAGUUCAAGGGAAUCCAACUCGACAUCAAGGAUGAGCGGAGGGCAGCCAUGGCGGCCAAGAACUUCCUGAAACGGAGUCGACAGCUGCGCGCCAUGUGGAACCGGUUCUUGCUGUACUAUACCGACACAAGUCUGACAUUCACGACCGACAGACUGGCGGCGGUUAUCGGCCUUGCGGAAGCUGUCCAAAAAUUUACGGGUCUCACAUACAUCCCGGAAGCCGGCACUUUCAAGGAGUUCUUACCUCUCGAUCUUCUUUGGUACAGGAACUUCCGUUCCGUCGACCUAUUCUGGCGAAAGUCACCCACAGGAACGAAUGCCCCUUCGUGGUCCUGGGCUGCGAAUGAAGGAGACGUGCUUUUCAACGAGAAAUCGUGGUUGGAGGGUUCACACGACGACUUUGAGUACAUGGCUCUACUCCUCGACGUGUCGGUCCCUACACCCACAGCCUUGACCUCCGCACCAGGCUCGGGAUCAGAAGUUGUCAUCAAACUGAAGACGCUCAUCAACCGCCAGACGGCCCUUGGGUUAGGAAUGCGAGAGCCACCGGGUUUCUGGGUGGAGUAUCUUCCUAAAGCACGUCUCCAGGUUGUGCUCGACGAGCCCGUCAAAGAUGGAACUACCAUCUUCUUCGUGGUUGUGCUGCGGACUCGCACUUGGAAUAACUCUGGCUACGACAAACAUGUGUCAGGGUUAAUUCUGGUGCAAAAGGAUCCGACAGCUGAGCAACAAACGGGACACAUGUUGCAUAGACGCGUGGGAUACUUCCGUAUUAGUGAGCCGGCAAGCGUGCCCGAUAUUCUGGAUUUCUUUGCUGGGUGUCCGAAGAGGGAGAUUUGCAUUUGUUGA